AUGUUCAAGUUCCACGACCCAGUUGAUGUGGGAAAUCCGGUUCUUGAUCAUGCUACCGAACCUGUCGCUUCUUCUCUAUGUCCCUCGUCUACUAGAGAAGACCGCACUGCCGGUCAAGCGGAAUUUAGUGAUCGAGAAACAAUGGCAAACAUCAUCCCUCCACCGUGCACUCGUCUAUCUCUAUUACUGAAGAAGACAUUCAACGAUACAUAUUCGGAGUACUGCUACACAUGGGGCCCUAUCCUAGAAGUACAGGAUAUCAUGCAGAACCCACUCUUUUCAAACUCGUUGCUACUUGAGCAGGCCUUAGGAGUGCUGGGAACCCGUAUCAAGCCCCCACUUGUGCCGUGCUCGAGUGCAAACACCUACUUCGAGACAACGAAGCAACUAUUCUAUGGAAAUUACGAACGCAAUCCCCUGGUUCGUAUAAUGGCAAUAAUGCUCUUGUACUGGUGGAGUGGUGGCGAUCCUGAAUCGGCCGGUAUCGAGGCUCUGUUUUGGUGGAAUACAGUAGCGAUUAGGCUGGCACAGCAGCUCGGAUUUCAUCGAGAGCCCGCCAAAGAUCAUGAUUCCCUACAAUUUGGAGAUAUAGGCCUGAGACGACGCAUCUGGUGGACACUUUACGCUCGAGAACGUCUGACAUUUAUAUGCACCACCAAGCCAUGUAUGAUUCAUCCGGAUGAUUGCAAUGUUCCUCGCCCAUGUGUGGAAGAUUUCCCACCUAAUCAAGUACAUCGCGCCGUCAUCUUUAUUCGCUGGGUCGCGAUCUCCGACAUUAUGGAACGCGUCGGCAAAUAUAUGUUCUACCAAAUGGACAAAGACCCUCCAUUUCCGGUCAGUCUUCAAAAAGAGCUUGUCAGCUGGGCACAGGAUCUUCCGGAAGAACUCCAACUCCCUUUUAGCAAUCGAACGCAUAAUGCCGCGUCGACAUCGUUUGAUCGGGAUGUUCUUCAACUCCACAUGCACUAUCUCAUGGCAACUACACUAGUUCAUAUGAGCGGUUCUGGACAACAACAUCUGCGCAAAGCUGGUACUGUUGCCAUACUUGCCGCAUCGUGCACAGCUCGCAUCUGUGAAGAGUUCCUUGCCAGUGGUUCUCUAGGAUUUCUCCCUGGGGCGACAGGGAGGUAUAUCAGUGUUGCAUUGCUCUCUCUCCUAUAUGCCCGGAAAAUUGAUAUGCUCUCAGAAGCGGCGAAUGAACAGAUCGAAAUUCUUUUCCUGGCUCUGAAGGAGAUGGCCAAGCGAUGGAGAUCCUCCGAGAAACUGGUUCUCAGUCUUGAAAAGAUUGUUCAGGGCGGGCAGGAGCAGGAUCCUCACGAUGAUAGCUACCAACUGGGGCCGUCGGCCAAUGGCCACGCAGAACAGUUGCCGGGAAUGCUACCAGCCACUCCUUCGGCAAUGAGCGGUCAUUCCCCAAACGAGGGCAGCAUCAGUGACAUUGAUUUCUUUCCCAGCGCUACAUCUGAGACUACUCCCUUGUUCAAGUUGCUACUGGGCCAAAGCCCCAGAGCGAAUGGAUUCCCACAUGACUACUCGGAAUGGCCUGACAUCAACAUCCAACUAAACGGCCUAUUUGACCAAAUUUUUGAUGAUAACUAUAGCAAUUGGCCCAAUCUAUAG